UCAAAAUAUAUCAAAACAAAAGUCACAAGUCACAAGCAAAGAAAAGCAUAUAAAAGAGCUUAUUGUAUCAGAUUCCUUUCUCCAAACCUACAUCAAAGUCUUACUCUUUCAACUUUAUUGUCUCCUUUCUCACUCUCUCUCCGAUGGUUUCCAACAAAAGGAUAACUGCAUUAUUACUUCUACUGUUGGCUUGUUUUGCAAACUCAGAUUUAACAAAAGACAGAGAUGAAUGUGCUGACAAACUUGUUACACUUGCUAGUUGUCUUCCUUAUGUUGGUGGUGAUGCCAAUACUCCUGCUAUAGAUUGCUGCACUGCCCUUAAAAUAGUCCUUGAUAAGACCAAGAAAUGCAUCUGCAUCCUCAUCAAAGAUCGCAAUGAUCCUAAACUUGGCUUCACUUUGAAUGCUACUCUUGCUGUUCAGCUUCCAAAUGCUUGUCACAUACCAUCUAAUAUAUCUCAAUGUGUAGAUCUUUUGCAUUUGUCACCUAAAUCACCUGAUGCUAAGAUAUUUGAAGGACUUGGAAAUUCUACCAAAACAAACAGUUCCACACCAGUUUCAAGUGGUUCUGUUGUGAAGGGACCAAACUCAAGUUCUGAGGAAAAGAGUGGUGGUGGGUUGAGAAAGAGGUGGUUGGUGGCAGAAGUGGUUUGUGCCAUUUUACCAUUUGUUUUCAUAUAUCUCACUUCUUCAUUUUAGCUUGAAGUUUCAAGUUUAAACCAUCAUAAUCAUGAUUUUGAAAAGACUCAUUACUUGGAUUGGAUAUAUUAAUAUUGGUUGGUUGAUGUUUGUUUUGAUCAAAUUCUCAUAGUUUUCUUAUGUAUGUUUUUCCCAAAUCCUAUAUUUUUGAGCAAAUUCAUGUUACUUUCUAUUUA